UUUUUUUUUCAUUUUUCGGCAGCCUCCGACAAUUGGAUUACAGUAAGCUUCUUUUUUUAGGAGAGCAGAAGCUUUUUCGAACCACUUUCUUAUCAUCGACUGCUAAAAAAGUCCAAGAAAUGCAUAAUAUACUCGAUACGUGCUCUUCAUCCUCUGCGAAUCCCUUUUUUUCUCUUGAUUGAUAUAGUUCCCCUUUUACUACCUCGAGAUCUCUUGGAAAAUAAGCAAUUACUUCUCAGUGUCUACCGAUAUUUUGUCGCAAGUUAUACCUUUGUUACAGUAAAGCAAAAACGGUACCCAAGGAGAGAGAACCCAGUAACAAAAAGUCGACUUAUUAUCAUUGACAGUCCAAAAGAAAAAUCAACGAGGAAGCAAAUAUUGAUUUUGUCGACCUCACUUAAUUCGAAUCGAAAACUUCAAAAUCCGACUCUUUUUGUUGUGUUGAAACGAAGGAUAUUUCGUUCCGAUAGCCCAGCAUGUGUAAAGGACCGAUGCACGAUUUCCUCAAGGCUCUGCCCAAGUGUGAGCAUCAUAUGCAUAUCGAAGGCUCCUUGGAACCGGAUCUACUCUUCACCUUGGCCAAACGUAACAACAUCAAACUUCCGUCUGCGUCUGUGGACCCGUCUUUCGAGUCCGUCGAAACUCUUCUCUCCCGGUAUCGACGAUUCACGUCCCUCGACGAUUUCCUGCACUAUUAUUUCAUCGGCAUGUCGGUCCUGGUGACCUCGUCCGACUUUGAGUCCCUCGCGUACGCCUACUUCUCGAGGGCCGCCGCGUCCGACGGCGUGGCGCACGCCGAGAUCUUUUUCGACCCUCAGGCCCACACCUCGAGGGGGGUCGAGUACUCGACCGUCGUGCGUGGACUCGAGGCGGCGCGCGCGCGGGCCCUGGCCGACUUCGGCCUGACCUCGGAGCUCAUCGUGUGCAUCUUGAGGCACCUCCCCGCCGGGGACGGACGGGCGAUGUACGAGACCUCGGCCCUCCCGGACCUCGAAUCCGGAGUCGUCAGGGGUCUCGGGUUGAGCAGCACCGAACUGGGGAACCCCCCGGCCCUGUUCCGGGAGCCGUUCCUGGACGCCGAGCGGCGCGGGUUCCGCCGCACGGCCCACGCGGGGGAGGAGGCCGGCGUGUCCUACAUGGCCGAGGCCCUGCGGGAGCUGCACGUCGAGAGGGUCGACCACGGCAUCAAGCUGCUCGAGUCCCGCGACGACGUCAUGGCCGAGUUUGUCCGCCGUCGGAUCCUCGUCACCCUGUGCCCGCUCAGCAACGUCGAGUUGAGGUGCGUCGAGAGGGUCUCCGACCUGCCCGUCCGGGAGUACCUCGAGGCCGGUGUCAGGUUCAGCAUCAACAGCGACGACCCGGCGUACUUUGGAGGGUACGUCCUGGACAAUUACUGCGCCGUCCAGGACUCCUUCGACCUGACCAAGUCGGAAUGGGAGACCAUCGUCCGCAACGGCAUCUCGGGGAGUUGGUGCGGUGAAGAUCGAAAACAACAAAUGAUCGAGACCCUGGAAGAGGUCAUGGUCAAGUUCGAGGAUUGAGAUCGAGAAGCAACACCCUAUAACCAUGAACACGACGAGAAUCCACACCACCCUCCAGUCAACUUCGACUUCUUCAGACGUGGAAAACGACGACGACGCCAACCUCACUCACCUCACUCAACGUACUUGUACUUUUGGUCGGAAUAGGUUACCCUUCUAUGCUGCUAGCUGGUGUUUCUCUCGAAGUAUGGCAAUGUGUAUACUUGUAAACAUGACAUGUACAAAUAAAUGAUGAUCACAUACCG